GUCCGACGGAAGCGCCUCUUCCGUCGGAGGAAAGCCGCACAUCUGCUCGGGGGCGAGCGCUGCGUAAAGCCUGAGCGCAGAGCGGCGGUCUGGGCCCUUAAAUAGGGACCCUUCUGUCUCUGGCUCAACACAUCAUCUCCAGACGGCCAGCAGCCACAGCGUCAGGAUGGAGGUCACCAAGAAGUCCGAGCUGAUGGACACCGUGCUGGCGGUGCUCCUCGCGGUCCUCCAGGGUUUCCGGCUGGCGGAGUCCGUCCCCAACCCCUCGCCGUUGCUCGGCUCCAACUGGGGCUCCCCGCGGCGGUUCGUGCACCUGCAGGCGGCCACGGAGCUCAACACUUUCUACCUGGAGAUCACGGCCAACGGCGACGUGCGCAAGACCACCCUCAGGAGUCCCUAUACUGUGCUGAUCCUCAAGGCGGAGACCAGGGAGCGCGUGGCCAUCCUGGGCAUCAAGAGUAAUUACUACGUGUGCCUGGACUCCGAGGGGGUGCCCUACAGCUCGUCCGUCUGCCACCGGGACAGCUGCCUCUUCACCCACCGGCUGUUGGAGACCCACCGGGACGUGUACUACUCGUGGCGCAGUGGGAUCCUGCUGGACCUGGAGGGCUCGCGGCAGACCUUCACCCCGGGGCGCUACGUGCCGCCCGGCGCGCUCUUCUUGUCCGAGCGGAACACGGUGCCGCUCGAGCGCCUCACGCACCGCGACAAGCGGACCCGGGGCGCGCAGGCGCAGGUGGACACGGUGGACCCAGCGGACCCGCACAGCGUGUUUCCGCGCACACAGACCGAGGAGGGCUCCGACUCGCGCGCCGUACCGGAGGAUGACGCAGACUGGGACGCGGAACCGGGAGAGGGAGGGGGGAUCGGCGGUAACACCUCUAGGGAGACGCUCCCGGGGGCCCCGUCAGACGACGACCCGUGGCGCGUGCACUCCCUAGGCCCAGGGAGCCCCCGAUUUACCGGGACGACAGGCUGACGUUACGGGACUUGAUUGACACAUGUCAGUAUACACGCGUCUUGGUGCCGGUUGUUGUUGGGAUGGUUUUCCAGCUGGUCUGCUGAGAGCCGCAGGAAACAUGACCGUGAGACUUGACGUGACAGUUUAUUUCUGAAGGACCGAGAAGCUGGGAGUCAAUUAAGACUGAAAAACGUGACUUCAUGUUCUGAAUGGGACACAAAUGAAAGGUUAUAUUGACCAGCCUUUAAAGCAUUCCCGACACUUAACUUAACUCAGCAGCACUAUGAGAACCAGACUCUAACACCAAACCGUGCCUGUAGAGUGAUCCAGAAACAUUGUAUUUGAUAACUUCUACUUUUGUAUUUAUAUUAUUCUUGACUUGAAACAUGUUAUAGUAUAAUGUCUACUCACUACGCGCAACAAACGACCACCUAGUAUUAUUCUUUAGUCAUUUCAAAUCUGAACUCUUAUCCAAGGUCUGCUCAUUAAGAGCCGACAGUCUCUGAAAAUGUAUUUAUUUAAACCCCUUCCUUGCUGUUAUUUAUAUUGUAUGUAUUGUAUGUGUGUAUUUAUGUACUUCAGAUGUACAUAGAGGGAAAUGAUUCGCACCUUUCAACAUGCGAAUGUCAAGCUCUGUCUAUAAAUAAAACAAAGAAACAAG